ACUGACUCGCUAAGCAACGACCUGCAAACGGGCAUCCGACUCAGUUCGAGCAUAAAAAAAACAGGAACCAUAUUAUUUACGAGUGUAUUUGCAAUGUUCCCGACAAUAUUUUUACGCCGUCUGCUUUGAUCACAUCGAAGUUGCCGUCUCUCCAGGCGUCGGCUUCAGAAAACGAACCAGAAAUUGAUGCAUCUUGCUGCGCGUUCCUGUUUGUUUUGACCUGUGUAGCUAGAAGGGAAUCCUGCAAGAGGGAUUAGCGGUCUGUCAAUGAGGAACUACCGGCUCAUCUUCUGCCACAACCUGAAGCAGCCAUAGAUGGUUCAGUGGUUCACUGGUCAGGGGAGGAGAGGAUAGGACACACUUUCACUGCUACACGACGUGAGGUCUUGGCGGGGUUGUGGUGAGGAGGAGGAGGAGGCCAUGAGGAAGAGUGUGUCUCCGUUGCCAGGCAAUGAGGGCAGGAGCUCAGCCAGCACCACGCGGGUUUUCGGCGUUCCGUUGGAGGAGGUGACACACACGCACACAAUCAGUGGCCACGAGGUUCCUGCACUGGUGAAAAACAUCGUCGAAUACAUCGAGGAGCAUGGUCAUCUGGAUCUGGAGGGGCUCUUCCUGGUAAAUGGCAACGCAGAGCGCGUGGAUUGGCUGCGCCAGCGUUAUGACAGCGGAGAAGAGGUGGAGCUAGAAAAGGAGGCAGAUCUGGCAUCAGCUGUCAGUCUGCUGCGACUCUUCCUGCAGGAGCUUCCUGAGCCUGUUAUCCCGACGUCCAUACAGGGACACAUUCUACAGCUGCACCAAGAUUACAGCAAUGAAGAGGAGCUAUGUAGAAACUUGAAGUACCUCCUGCAGCAACUUCCUCAGCUCAACUACGGCCUACUGCGCUUCUUGUGCCGCUUCUUGGCCAGCGUGGCAUCACUUCAACAGGAGAGCUGGAACAUCGGGACACUGGCUGCCGUCUUUGGUCCAGACAUCUUCCAUCUGUCAACAGAAGCAGAAGACCUUCGGGACCAAGAGUCUGUUAGCAGAGUCCUGGCUGAGCUGUUGGACAAUCAAGAGGGCCUGUUUGACUCUGAAGAUGACGACGUCUCCACAACCAAUGACUAUAGCUCCAUCAAUGAACAGAUCACAGAGCUGCUGGAUGACGAGAGGUGUGAAGCUGAGUGUGAAGAGCUGCCUCAGGAUGGAGAGGAGGGUCCUGCCUCCUCUGACUCACCACAACAUACACACUCUGAUGAAGGCCCCGCUACCAGCUCCCAUCUCUCCUCUAUAUCCAUCCUGCCUGCUGACUCUGCUGAGAUAAUUCAGCGCACUAUUAGAGCUGCAGUGGAGCAUCACUUCUUUGAGCUGAAAACCUCCAUCGACCAAGACCUCAGCAACUAUGACAGCCAGGGGGUAAGUCCCAGUGAUCCCACAGACCAGAGCUGCCAUGAAGAUGAAGAGCAACAAACUGACGCGGAGGACAGUCCCUGCAACACUGACGGGGAAACCCCACUCACACCAAUUGAGCAGAACAUGCAGCAAAGCCAGAAUGACACACAGGAUACUUUGGACUUUCGCACCCCUGUGGAGGAGAAUUCAGGAAUGGACUUGGAUUCAGAGGCCAUCAGAGAUGCUGAGAACAACAUCAACACUGCCAGACAGGACAAUCAACCCUGUGUCAUCAUGGAGCAAACUCAGACUGAUACUAUGUGCUGUGACUCAGAUUCAUGUGGUUGUGAUCAGAACGCCAACACCAGUGAGACCAAUAGGAACCAUCUGUCACCAUGCCAACCAAAAUCUGGCCAAAACCCCCAGCUCCAGCUUUUCCCUGACGACCAAUGGGAAGCAUCACCCCCCUCCCAUCUCCACCUCCCUCCCAUAGACUUCUCAUGUAUGCAUCUGCAAAAAGAAGGCCAAGAUCCUGUCCCGGCUUUCAAAUCAUGGCAGGACGACAGCGAGAGUGGAGAGGCGCAACUCUCCCCACUUGCUGGACGCAUGGUCCCCUUGCCCCCACUGCCCCUGGAGGAGGAAGGUGAGGAGGAUGAGGGGGAAGGAGGGCAAGUCGCCUCCCCCUCCUCUUCCCGCUCUCACCCUCACCUCUUGGCACGGCGCUUUCUCGACUUCGGGGUGCACGGAGCUCAGCGGUUCCUACAGCAGGACCUGGAUGCCACCUCACCCACCAAAGCACAGAGGCCAAGGCGAGCAUCGUUUGGCUCCAAAGAGGCGAUGAGAGGCGGAGAUUCAGUGACCCACCAACUUACCAAGAAACUUCAACACCUGAAGAAGAAAAUCAAACAGUUUGAAGAGCAGUUUGAGAAGGACAGAAAUUAUAAGCCCUCACAUGGUGACAAGGCAGCUAACCCCAAAGUCCUCAAGUGGAUGACUGACCUCACCAAGAUCCGAAGGCAGAUUAAAGGACGCCAGCACCACCUUUUACCCAGAAGCACGCUGAGGCACCAGGCUUUGCUGCAUUCAUACAGACGCCACCAUGCUCCCUUCUUCCCUUCCUCCUCCUGCUCCUCAUCCUCCUCUAUCUGCUCACCCCCCCAUCACACACUUACCCCCCCACCCCACCCCUACUCAGGCCUGAGCUCUAGACCGUUUCACCUCAAUGCCAAGCACCGUGCAGAGAGCGAGCUCGGUCCCCACACUCGUCCUCGGAGCAACACCUUACCCAAGAGUUUCGGCUCCACCCUUGAUCAGGGUGCUUACGAUGCAGCAGCAGAGGUGAAGGGACAGCGUCCCACCAGGGAGGAGACACUGGAGAUCAUCCAGCGCAGAGUCAAAGGGAAGAGGCAGGAGGACGGUUGGCCUGAUGACAUCAAGAAGAUGACUAAGGAGCAGCUGUCCUCUGAGAAAACAGUUCUACAGAAGAACCUGCUGCACUAUGAAGGCCUGCAUGGUCGACCAGCAACUAGAGAGGAGCGUCUGGUGGUGAAGCCUCUUUAUGACCGCUACAGAUUGGUCAAACAGAUGCUCACCAGAGUUAGCAUUACACCAAUCACAGUUUCCCCCUCCAGUAAGAGACGAAGUCAGACCCUCCAGCCAAUCAUCGAGGGCGAAACAGCUCAUUUCUGGGAGGAGAUCAAGGAAGAGGAGGAGGAUGAGCGUAAAGAAAAAGAAGAAGCUGUAGGAGAGCAACAGGAAAGGAAGGAGGAGAGGGAGGAGGAGAUGCAGAGUCCCGAGGUCAUUAUGGCCGUCGACAUCGUGACACCAACUGACGGAUCUGUGAGGAGCCAGAACCAACAGGACAGAGCCAAGAUGGAGGAGGGCUCGGGAAGGCUGGCGCUGGACCUGAGGCUGUCCAGCUCCAACGCCUCGUCCAUGCCAGAGCUGCUGGAACAGCUGUGGAAAACCAGAGCAGAGAAGAAGAAACUGAGGAAGACCAUCCGGGAGUUUGAAGAAGAUUUUUACCAGCGUAAUGGAAGGAACGUUCAGAAGGAGGACCGGGUGCCAAUGCUGGAGGAGUACAGAGAGUACAAGAGGAUCAAGGCUAAACUCCGCCUCCUGGAGGUUCUCAUCAGCAAACAGGAUUCCUCCAAAUCCAUCUAGACACGCCUUCCUCAGAGACCAACCAUCACUGCAGGGAGGAAACGCCCCUCAUCGGUCCCAUCAGACGUCACAUCAAUAUUCACACAACGUCACAAAUUGGAGAGGAGAUGUUCAUUCAGACCUCACCGUGUGGUUCGAUCAUGUCAUGGAGAAAAUUAAAUCAAAGUGACGUGCUUGUUCAGAGUUACCGAGCACUGAGGAGGCAUUUAUGAAGGUUAAAAAUCAAUACGACAGUCAAUAUGACAUCUUAACACUCAUAAUUCCACUUUAACCUACAAUCAAAGUGUGUCUGGGUCUUGAAUCUGUUUUUUUUAUUUCAGAGGAAAUGUUUAAGCUUCCACUAAGUGAAAUAUAUCGGGACUAAAAAUGCAUUUAUGCACAAACAUUGAGCCUUGAAGAAAACAUGAUAGUUGAAGACAUAAUAAAACAGUUAGCUUUUCAUGAGCAGAAAAUGAGAAUGACAUGUUCCCAUGUUAUCUCAUAGCAGGAAAAAAAGACUCCCAAAUGAUUUUGAUACAUAAUGUCGGUCUAAUUUGCCAAAUCUUGUGAAGACAAAAUUUGAUCAUUUUCAGAGGUCAACGUCCUGAGUGUAAGAAGGCCCACCACAUCAGCUGUUUUUUGCUGCAGCACUAACAGCGCUCUCUGCUGAAAAAAAAGUGAUCUGAUCAUUUCAGCUCUCAAGCUUUUCUUAGUGAUGUUUCCUUAAAUAAUAAAACAAAAAUCACAGCACGUCCACAGGCCUUUGUGCAAACUAAGAAAAGUUUUGGCACUUUAAAGCUCAAAAUUGCAAAUGUCUAAUUGUUCUCUAGUUAAAAUAAUCAUAUAAGUCUGUUCUGAUUUUUAUUUUGGUUUUAAUUUCAUGCUUUGGAGUUAAAUUUCUUAAGGUUACGAACAUGUAAGACAUGCUUAUUUACAGUUUUCCCCCAUGACAUGAUCGCAGCAUGACACCACUGUAUCUUUAUGAAUCACUCCUGUCUGCCACAGCUGCUCUCUGCUGCCUCGUCUGACUUCAUAUCGUCUAAAAACAAAGAAAAGGAAUCCUCUUCACCUGAACUGUUUUCGUCUUCAUUAUCAGAGUUUGCACUCACAUUUCCUCGACUUCUAAGAAGAACACAAAAAAACAUACAGACUCCUUUACUUUCAUUAACUCUUCUUUUGUCCAUAUUUUGUCUUCAUAUUUUUUUCUUAUUGGACAGCUCGAAGACUGGCUUUUAGACGCUAUUCAAGACUCUUGUUCUUUCUUUGGGACGCUCCUGUUUCGCCUCACUUAAAGGAGUUUCUUACGGCAGCCUCCUUGGUGCGAGACGACACUUUUCUUUUAUUCUGGGUGCUCUCACCUUCUGACUGGUUUUAAAACUCACUAAUUUUGAGUUUGUGUGUAGUGUUAAAAAAGUGACACGUUCAUGUUUGUGAGACACUACUGUUCACGUUGUUUCUUCAGUGACAAAAAAAAAUGUGUUGUACUCCAAAGGAAAAUGUUAAAAAAAAGAAAGAAAAAGAAACAAACAUUGAAUUUAACCCCAGUGUGAACUUGAGGCUGAUUCUAGAGACUGAUUUUCUUUUCUUUAAUCUUUUCUUCAAAUUAUUUUCUCCUAUUUUGGCGAUAUUCAUCUCCAGAUGUACAUUAGGUCGUCAUAUGUGCUGUCAGAUGCAUUUCUCCUUUGCAAAAUAACCCUAAACUGUGUUUUCCAUGAGCCUCUUCCAGAAAAAAUGCUGCUUUUAAAACCUCGGACAGACCAGAGAUUCACACCAGAUUUAGAAUGCAGCUAGUCAUUGCCUCUAAACCCAGAGAUGUUAUGGUAUGAUUUAUCAAUGGUUAUCACCUGUUGACAAGAAACAGCAUAACCAUUCGCCACUCCUCUGGUGAAGUAGGCCAUAUCCCUUCCUCUAAAGCACCCACAGACUGCCUCAAAGCAGACUUGUAACCUUAGCAAGUAACUCACUAUCACUGUGCUCAUUCAGAUACAUGCGAUACAAGUUACAUGCAGCUACUAGACAGGCAUGAGAGCAGAGGUGGAAACCGAAACAGAGUGUAGGAAGUGAGAAAUAAUCUCCAGGAGGUGCAGAGGUGUGACGAUCACAGAACUCAUCUCGAUGCCAAUCUUAGGUCUGAGCAAGGGUUUUUAAGUUCUUGUGGGUAAAUCUGGUAUUUCUGAAUGUACUUAAAAGUAGCAUUAGACUAAAGAUGCUCAUGAGAUUCUUUCUUUCUCACAUGAGGAGAUUUUAUAAUGUUGAUGGAUUUGAUUGCUGCAAAAAUCAUCUGAAAAUGUCUUUCUUUUUUGUAUUCGUCUUUUCAUUCGUUCACUUUGCUGCAUUGAGGUGUUUCGGGUUCUGAGGGAUUUUGGGUGUUCAUUGCUGAGGAGUGGAGCCAGUAUCUGGUCAACUUUGCUUUUGCUGCUUCUCUUAAAGCAAAAGGAAUUGUGUGUAGAGUUGUCGUGAGUCUCAGACGUUGCUGUGCAGCUUUCUGAACAGAUCUCUCUCUCAUGGUUGGAUUUUGAGUGUAGCUUUAAAGGCCGUGUCGUAUCAAUGAGGUGCCAACACUGCCAGCACUGAUUUUAAACACAUAGAAGCUUCGUCUGACAUUUUUCCCCAAACUGGUGUAUCGGUGCCGAGGGUCUGAUUAGUAGCCGGCACAAAAACAAUCCUCAGCUGAAUUUUCACCCAGCAAAGUUUCAUUUCCUGCUGGCAGGUAAAAUGAGGGCAUGUGAGGAGGCCAAAGUUUGCCAACAAGUUGCCCUCCUGUGUGUUUCUUCUUUCUAGAGGCCACGGGUAGUCAUUUCGGGAUUUAAAAUGUGGGACGAAGAAUAUCCAACUUUAGCUGGUGGGUUUUUUAAUCUCCUGGUUGUUUUUGCAAGUGAAGUUCUAUUAUCAGAACAUCUUUGGCUGGUAAAGUCACAUGUUUAAGGCCAUAGAGACAGAGUUGUACUUUUACAUUUACUCACCAGUCGACAGAGGUCAGUCGUCUGUCUGAGGGCGGGAGAUGUGAAACGUUUCGAAUGAGAGUUUUUGUGUCUGAAUGCUUGUGGAGAAAAGGAGGGAGGGCGUGUUUGUGUGAGUAAAAGUUUGGAGCUAUAGAAAAACAAGUUAUUUGCACAGCAUUCCCUGAAUGCAGCCCUUUUGUGUUUUUUCAUUUGUAUUUUUCUUAAAAUGAAGCACUACUUCUAUACAAAUAUAAAUAUAUACUGUACAUACAAAAGAACACCCGAAGGAAUGAAUGUCAGAAAUGUUUAAAUUAUUUCAAACAUUACGUUUGGCCCCUGUUUGUUCAUUGCAUUUGUGCUGCCCUGAGAAUGUGUUUUUUUAAUUAUAUUAACUAUAAAUACUGCUAUUACUAUCAUAACCAUUAUUUUGUGUGUUAAUGACAAUGAUAAUAACCAUUUUUGUAUCUACUCACAAAGUGUAAAACCAGCUGUAGAAGUUAGUCGAGCACUGUGUGGCUAAUCGAACAUGAACGUGCUCUGAUUUGAUUUUGUCGCUCUGUGUCAAAUAAUAAUAAGCUAAUCUAGCAGCAGUACUGUAGUGAGCUUGCAUGGCAUAAAGAGAACAUAAUAGUCUGAACAUGAUGUGUUGUUUCUGUUGUUUGUGCCAUGAAGAAGCAGCAAUAAUAAAAGUUUGCCUGGAGGUUUUACAGUAUCGGGUAACCAAGGUGAGACUCUGUGUGUCUAUAUUUAAGGUACUUUUGUCUAAUUUCACAUCCACACUCUCUCUACAGAUGGAGUGUUUAUACCAGUUUGUUAGCGUAAUGUUCAUGCUGGCGCUGCUGAAACCAAAAUAAGAUCAGUUGAACAGGAAGGUGAAAAGCCAAUGACAGAUGUGUCAUAUCUGAAAACAUUCCAGUUUUUAAUCAUACAAAAAGUGGAAACAGUCCAUCGUCUGAUGGGCUUUUCUUUUCAGUUAUUUCAGUUUCUUUAGUCAAACAACAAGAGCAGUCUGUUUGUUUGGCGCCUAGGUUUCUGUUUGUCAUUGUGCCUGCAGCAGAGUGGAAAACUUCUUGUUGUAAAAUGUAAAUUCAUCAGUCUCUGUCUCUGUACAGUCUGUUUCAUGUCUCACUAACUCAUCCGACAUGCAUGACCUGAGCUAUUGUUCACAGCAGAAGUCGCUCUCAAAGAUGUCUGAAACGUCUCGGCUCAUCGUGGGUGAAGUUUAAGAAAAACAAGCUGGUCAAAGUGGUCAUUUUUAAAUCAAGUCUUUUGAGUUCUUAAAAUUAUAUUGAUUGGAUACACAUUUCUGUAUGAAACGGUUACUUAAAGACAUCUUUGUUACUGAAUUCUGCUGACUUCCUUUGACCUGUUUCCUCCAUGUGAUGCUGUUUUAUCUCAUCAGUAUAUUGUAUGUAUCUAUAAAUGUUUCUUACUUUGUGAAUGCUUUUUGCCCUGUUGUUUCCUCAUUAACAAAAAGGAUGAUUAAAAAAACAAUCAGUAACAACCAUUUACACAUGAAAAUAAAAUUUACAAGCUUGCCACAUUGA